AUGAACUCCUCUGUGCUGCGCCUGCGUUGUCUGGGCCAGCGACUGACUGUCGCUCGUCGCGGCUUACACACUCGAAGCAUUUUAGCAUGUCCUGAAAUUCCUUUUAAGCUCGCAGACAUUGGCGAAGGAAUUGCAGAGGUGGAGGUGCUUCAGUGGUUUGUCAAGAGUGGUGACGAGGUCAAGCAAUUCCAGAAUGUGUGCGAGGUUCAAAGUGACAAGGCCACGGUAGAAAUUACCAGUCGUUUCGAUGGUGUAGUCACCAAGGUGCAUUAUGAUGUGGGAGAACUGGCCAAAGUGGGCUCCACACUCAUAGACAUCGAGGUGGAUGAGGCCACCGCUGCGACGAUUCAUGGUGGCAAAAAAAAUGUAGCUCCAAUUCUCAGUAGAACACCCACACCUGUUGCCGUCAAGCCUGUGGUGGCUGCACCCUUACCAAUGCCUGCGUCAUCUGCUGCUUCACCCACAAUCCUAUCGAGAAUCCCGGUCACUCCAUCAAGACUUGAAGAAGGAACGGGACCACAGGGUCGGAUUUUGAAGGGAGACUUGCUAAAUUUCAUUCGAGAGAUCGCCGCACAGCCGGCUCAACCAAUUACCUCUGCUUUUCAGAGCUCUGUCUCUGUGCAAACUCUGACAGCAGAUAAAAUGCAUCAAGAUACGGUUGUGCCACUAACACCUAUUCAAAAGGCAAUGAUCAAAUCGAUGAACGCGGCGCUGAGGAUUCCUCAUUUUGGUUACGCUGAUGAGAUUCGAAUGGAUGCACUGUAUACUUUGCGCAAUGAGUUGAAGCCGCUGGCUGAGUCUCGUGAUAUCAAACUCUCGUUUAUGCCUUUUAUAAUUAAGGCAGUGUCGUUGGCUUUGAAGCAUUACCCAAUGCUCAAUGCCACCGUGAACGAAAAUGAGGAUGAGCUCUCUUUGAUAGGUGCACACAAUAUUUCCGUGGCUAUGGACACACCGAUGGGACUGCUUGUACCGAACAUUAAAAAUGUCCAGGCAAGGAGCAUCAUGGAUAUUGCUGAAGAGCUUAAUCGACUACAGCUCCUAGCUGCGACUGGCAAGCUUGCACCUGCGGACUUAACGGGGGGCACAUUUUCAAUCUCCAACAUUGGUAGUAUCGGUGGCACGUAUAUGAGCCCCGUGCUUAUGGUUCCUCAGGUGGCUAUUGGAGCAGUUGGUCGGAUCCAGAAAAUUCCUCGAUUCGAUGCUGAAGGUAACGUUAAAGCAGUGCGUCUGAUGAACGUGUCUUGGAGCGGUGAUCAUCGUGUUAUUGAUGGGGCAACGAUGGCUCGCUUUUCAAAUCAGUGGAAGUCAUAUUUGGAGAUCCCAGUUAGCAUGCUGACCGAAUUGAGUUAA